AUGGCGGCUUCGGUGUUGCUUUCUGCGGAGAACACCGGACCGACUUUUGCGGUCGGCAAUUCUGGAGCGGUAGGGGCUCCCGGUAAUGGAGUAGGGGCACCGGGUCCUGCAUCUUGGAAUCGGUCACUGGACAGGGCAUUAGACGAAGCCUCGGCAACUGGUUGUCUCAACCUCAGCGGCAGGAAACUGAAGGAGUUCCCGAGGAGCGCAGCCAACCACGACCUCACAGACACAACUCGGGCCGGUGAGUGUGGAUCGAGGCUCGCGCGGUAG